AUGGGAGCUAUAUCAAAAAACCGCGGUGUGAAUGCGUACAAUGUCGCAAUGAAAAUUGACGAGCUCCCUAUCCCGCCAAAAGUUACCAAGCGUCUUGCCAUGUUUACGGAUGGCUCGAUCCGCACCCUAUGUGGAGCAGCCUCUGUUGUCUGGCGAUCAAAAGGUAGCCACCCGAAUUUCGAAACGCGAGGGAUAUGGUUUCCUUUUAACUCCGACGAGAUAACCCGAGUCGAAAUGCUUGGUGUAGCAUUUGCUUUAGAAACGGCCUUGGAUGAAUUUUCCAAGCCAGAAUCGGAUGUGCACCGCGGUGCUGUUGACUACAACUUUUUUCACUUGUUUUCCCGAUACACCGAUUCUCAGCAUCAUCAUUUGGACAAGGAGCUUUAUGUUUUCACAGACAACGCCCAGGUGCUGCAGAUCCUCCGAGGAGAGGAGCCCGAAGAGAGCGAAGACAAAGAGGCUCGAGUCACGGAAAUUGCAGGCGUUUUGAUAGACCUCGUGAGCAAAAUUUACAGGCUCUCGCAGAUACUGCACGCUCGGGGGUACACUUGGAGCUCCACCUUAGCCCCGGAUACCGAGGAAUCCCUGGGAACGAGGUAG